AUGGGCUGCCACGCCGGCCUACGGGAAUAUCGUGCCGGCAAUGGUCUGCAUCGCAUUAGGUCCGCCGGAAUCGAGCGAGAGCUCCAGCACUUGGGUGUUGCAGUCAAUUUGUUGUUAGAGCAGGUGGAAGACUACGAGGGCGAUACCGGAAGCAGCUUUGAGGUGAUGAGGCGGAUCUCUAGGGCCGUUAGCGAUGCUAUAGCAAGCAAGAGCUUCCCACUGGUACUGUCGGGGAACUGCAUAGCCAGCGCAGCGGUGGCCUGCGGGCUGCAGAUACAAAAUCUGGCGCUCAUUUACUUUGACGCGCAUGAUUAUCUCGAUUCACCAGACGUCAAAUGGACACGUCUGGACGAAAGGUCUUACAGUCCGGCCCUGGUUCAAUUGAGCCUUGACGUCCUGGACAUUUCGUACGGGAAAGUCAGUGACUACCCGCCUCCCGGUGGCCUAUUCGAGUCCAACUUGAUUUCCUGCAUGGAAAUUGUUCCUCAAAUGGUCACACCAGGGUCGCUAGCCGUGUGUUCUUUCGAUCCGGAUGCAGGUGAUGGUGAUAGAAUGGCUCAGAUCGGUACUCGCGCUAUCUUAACUUGCGUCAAAGCUCUUUUAAGCGAAGGAGAGUUGUCCAAGAAUCUGAAGUAUUUUACGGCCUUGCAUUAUGUGUUUCAUCGUGAGCGGGUCCUAUUGGAUGUCAGUUUGUACAGUACGCUAGCUCUAUUUUAUGUACGUCUCUUUCUUUGUAACCUUAUAUAG